UAUUCCUUACUAAACAACAAAAUAGAAUUUCAUUUUGUUCAUCUCUCUUCUUCCGAUCAGAGAAGCUUAGAAAGAACACAGAGGAAAUAUUUUUUGAGUAUGUCAUUGAUACCAUGGGAGGAACAUAUAUUGAUUGAUGAAGACAAUGGAAUUGAAGAGAAAGAAAAUCCAUUAAGAAAUUGGAGUAAUAAUAAUGGGGAAUUAGAAGAAAUAUUUAUCGAUAUCCAAUCAUCAAAAAGUGGAGAAGAAGCAUUAUUAUUACCAAAUGAAAUAAUUGGAUCACUUGUGGAAGAUUCAACAUUAUUGGGUUUGGAGGAAAAUGAUCAUAGUAUUGAUGGAGUUUUAGAGAGAGAAAAUUCAAAAUUAUUUCCACCAACAUCCAUUAAUGUUCAUAAUGAAGAACCCUCAAAUUCAAAUAAAGCAAAUGCAAAGAAAGAAGAACACAAUGCUAGAGAAAGACAAAGGAGGUUGAAACUCUCUCACUCCUAUUUUUCACUUCGCUCUUUGCUUCCCAAUGCUAGAAGAUCAAAGAAAAGAUGGAGCGCAGGAACCAUAAUCGACAAAGUUGUAGACUACAUUCCAACACUACAAAAAGAGAUUGAAAAUAUGAACCAAAAGAAACAAAAAUUGAUAAAAGCAAAAAAAAAUAUGAGCAAUAAUAAUGAAAGAGUAUCAGUAUCAGUUGAAGAAAAUGAAGGGUUAGAUCAAUAUUAUAAUAAUAUCAAUCCAACUGUUUCAAUCCAUCAACUUUGCAAAGGAGAAGUCAUAAUCCAAAUAUGCAUAAACCCAAGAAAUAAUAAUAAUAAGUUGUCAAAUUUGAUAGAAAAGGCAGAAGCAGAAGGCCUAAGGAUCAUUGGUGCUUCCACAGUUUCUGUUUCUCAUGACCAUCAGAUUCUUACCUCCCAUUUGCAUAUUCAGAUGAUGGAUAGGAGUUUACAAGAAGCUGCUGAUUAUGAAUCAAUGUUAAGAAAAAGGGUAAUCUCUUGGCUAUGUUGAGUCAUAUACAUACAUAUAUAUACAAAUACCACACUAUAUAGAAAUCAAAUUUAAUCUCUUCAAUUUGAGAAUUCUAUUUGAUUAUUUUGUUUUUAA